AUGGGCCGUUCGAUUUCGUUCCUCUGCAUACUCGCCGUCCUCGCCGUCCUCCCCAGCGCCCACCUCUCAUAUGCGCACGAAUGGAACGGGGGACAACCAAAAAAGUGUAGCAAGCUGCUGACACGCAAAGAAUGGCGGACGUUGACGAAUAGCGAGAAAGCCGAGUGGGUGGGAGCUGUCAAGACGGUGCUUGAGGAAAAGAGGAGCCUAUACGACGACUUCUCUUACUCGCACGCAUCAGUGGAGCACAGCGCGCAUAGGAAUGCCUACUUUUUGCCGUGGCACCGCUGGUUCACCUACCUAUUCGACACCUCCCUCCGCGACAAUUGCAGGUACAGUGGGCCAACACCAUACUGGGACUGGUCGCGCGAUCACGCAGACCUGUUCAGCUCGCCAGUGUUCGAGGACUCACCGGAGUACGGGCUGGGCGGAACGGGGGACUGCGAUUCCUCCCCCAAGGCAGACUGUACCGUCACCACUGGCGCUUUUGCCCCGUCCACCGGGAACUUCGAGCUUUCCUGGCCGAUCCCACACCCGCUGCGGAGGAAUUUGACGCUCAUAACCGGCUGGUACCCCCAUGAGCUGCCUCAAAACCGCACCCUCGGCCCGGACUUCGUCCGCAACUCGACCGAGAAAACCACGGGCGACUUCUUCAGGUUCCAGUACGCAAUGACACUACUGCACAACCACGUACACAAUUUCGUUGGGGGCGACUUGGCGGGAGACUGCCCGAAGGUCCUACCGGAGGAGGAUUGCCAUGGCAUGGCAAUCAACUUCACGCCUAAUGACCCGCUCUUUUGGCUGCAUCAUGCGCAACUUGACCGGUUGUGGAGUGAGUGGCAGCGCCACCACCCAUCAAACUUCGCCGCCUUUUCCGGCAUUCCCCUAACCCCGCACAAUAUGACUGACCCACGCUACGACCUUGACGCGCACGCAGAUCAUCAGAUGCCCUUCGACGUUCAGAGUGUGCCCGUGGCGCCGAGGAGGGUGUUUGAUACGGAGGGUUGGCCGUUGUGUUAUCGGUAUACGGACGAGGAGUGA